AUGUCCGCACCGUCAGCCUUCACGGCUGGCCCUCCUCCAUCCAUGCCUGCCGGCAGUCAUGAGAUACAAGACUACUACUCCAACCAAGGCCCACCUCGGUUAUUGUCACACACUGCACCAUCCAUCACACCCUACCUCGGCCUCCGGGCUCGUUUAUCACAGAUAUGGCUCAAUCGAUGGACCAUCUUACUCCUCCUUGUCCUCGCUCGCACCCUUAUCGCUAUCUCUGGGCUUGACAACAGUCUAGGCUCAGCGCGACGUGAGGCUCUUUCAGCAUGUUCAGACGUUGAAUCGAUGGGUUCCACCAUGGCAUCCAUGCCUCAUUACAUGUCCCAAGGACUAAAUGAAUUGGCUGCAACUGGUGUUGAGAAAUCGAUCAGCGGUCUGAUGCAGACGACUACCCUGAGUGUUACAGCUGUUGAAGAAAUCGUAGUGUUUGUGAUCGGAAUGAUGACAAACACCUAUCUUUGCCUGAUCACUCUAGCCGUCAGCGGAAGUCUACACACAGUCAUCGGGACACUCGACUCCGCGCAAAAGAGCCUCAACAGUUUAACCAAAAGCCUUGGAGGUGACAUGUCCGACGCUUUAGGCGACUUUGAAUCUGCAUACAACAAAUUUCUGGACGCUUUGAAAGGUUUCACAGCCUUCGGAGUAUCAGUUCCUACACCACCUCCACUAAACCUUACCAAAGAGGUGAAUACCCUGGAAGGCCUCAAGUUGCCAGGCAACCUUACGGCAGAUCUUCAAAAGCUCAACAAUUCGAUCCCAACCUUCGAUGACGUGAAGAAUCUCACCGAGGGUGUCAUCCGCCUUCCCUUUGACGAAGUCAAACAACUCAUUAAUCAGUCUUUGGGAACGUACACGUUCAACCGAUCAUUGUUUCCCGUCCCGCAGAAAGAGCAACUUACUUUCUGUAGUGACAACGACGGUAUCAAUGACUUCUUUGAUGGUCUAGUAGACCUGCUUUCCGCCGCCAAAAAAGUCGCCAUUGGCAUCCUUUUAGUCCUUGCGAUCUUGGCAAUGGUCCCAAUGGCAUGGCGUGAGAUCAGACGCUGGCGCAUCAUGCAAGCCCGAAGCCAGAUCGUCAAAGCGAACGACCUUGAUCCUAUGGACGUGGUAUACAUUGUCAGCAGACCUUACACGGCCUCGGCAGGAUUGAAAAUGUCUCAACGUUUUGAGUCACAGCGGAAAAAGAGCUUGACUCGCUGGGUCGUAGCAUAUGCAACUACUGACGCGGCACUGUUCGUCCUGGCUUUAGCCGUCACGGGCCUGCUUGCGUGUGCUUGCCAGGCCAUUCUCCUUCGCUCGAUGGCGAAGGAAGUCCCCAAUCUCACGAACCAAGUCACCUCUUUCUCCGACAAAGUCGUCGCGCAACUCAACAAUGCAUCCGAGCAAUGGGCUGUCGGAACAAAUGCAGCCAUAGCUUCAGUCAGCGACGACGUUAACAAGGAUAUGUUGGGAUGGGUAACCACCACGACGACUGCAGUCAAUGAUACUCUCAAUACUUUCGUGGACAAAACUAGCGAUGUUCUCAACGCCACCUUCGGCAACACUCCCCUGUAUGAGCCGAUCAUGGAAGUUUUAAACUGUCUUCUUCUCCUGAAGAUUGCAGGCAUUCAGAAAGGCUUGACAUGGGUUCAUGAUAAUGCACAUGUUGAAUUUCCAACUCUUGCGAACGAUACCUUCAGCUUGGGUGCUGUUGCAAGUCUAGCGUCAACAAGCAAUCCGGACGACUCGUUCCUAGCCAGUCCAGGAGAUGCAGCGAGCAACAAAAUAUCAAGCGCCGUGGCAAGAGUCGUGGACGAAGUGGAAAGUGGCAUCCGCACAGAGGCACUCAUCUCAACCUCCCUCCUCCUUGUUUGGUUCAUGAUCGUAUUGAUUGCCACGAUUCGGGCGUUGAUGCAAUGGUCAAGCCGAGACAAGAUGAGAGGUGAAGGCGGCCCCGCCGCGCCAAAUGCCGACUUCCGUUCCGACAAUCAAGAUCGAUAUGCCGGGUUCGUGGAUGUCCCGUUGGCUGACAUUAACGCUGGGAGACCAAUGUCUCCUGCGCCAAAGUACACCCCUUCCAAAGAAAUGGAACUAAGGGCGGAAGAGCAAUUUGACUCAAACCUUGGCUACGCGGGCCAUCGAGGCUAUGAACAGACACAGAUGACAGGAAUUGAUAGCAAACGCGGAAGUAUCUGGAAAGGCGACUGA